AGGUUCCGGGAACGGCUGCGACAGCCCGUCUCUUCUUCCUCCUCCUCCUCCUCCUCUUCCUCCGCCGUCGCCGCCGCUCGGCCCGGGGUCCUGCCCCGCGGCGGGGCGGGGGUGAGUAUCCCUCCUCCGCUGCCCUCUCCGCUCCCCCUGGCCGCGGACGCGCGGGGGCGGACCGAGAACCCAACGCAGGGACGGUGUGUGCGACGCCCUGUGGCGUCCGGGUCCCCCCACCCCACACCUUCUGGAGCUCCCUGAGGGGGGAGCCGCCUCAUGACACCCCGUUUUCCCCCAUAAACACCCUGGUCCCCCCUUCAUCCCGGUGUCUCCCCUCUCCUGAAGCCCAUCCCUGCAGGGUAUGUGGCUUCAUUUGCCCUCGGGCUUCCUCCCUCCCACUCUGUGCUCGGUCCCCCUCCCGCUUCCCCUGACACCUCCCUUUUAUUCAUUAUUAUUUUCCCCUUUUUUUAACCUAUUAUUGCUGCCUGGCCUGUAGAGAAAGGUCCUACUAGGGUGGGAGUGUGCCAGGGCUUAUAUCUUCUCCUGACAAAGGGGUGAGCCCCAGGAGAGUUGCUGGGCUGUGUCAAUUUCCAGGGCCCCAAAUAUUUAGGGUUUUUCCCUUCACCCCGGCAAUUAAUUAAUUCAACGGGGAUAUCCCACUGAAAUGAAUGUUUCUUGCUGUUUUAGGAAGGAAACAGCCUUUGCUGGUCGUGCCCAGGCAAGAAGGUGACGAGGGAAAAGCAACAUCUCCACCACCCGUAGGGUGACUUUGUUGUCAGAUAUCCCACCAGCAUUAAACUUUGUAAACUAUGGAAGAUCCCAAUUAGCCCAAGGUGGUGGGAUGCUCCUGCACGAUUUCUUCUUUUACCUCUGGCAGCUUACGUUUUCAUGGAUUUAGAGACUCAAGUCGCAUUUUUAAAGCAGGUUUUGGGUUUUUUUGACGCAAUAACAUCUGGUGAACGCUGCCUUGGCUCAGCCAGGAAGAGUAUCCAGCCUGCAUGGACAGGGCAACCUUUGCCUGUUCCACCGCCUUUUUUCGUGACUACCACAGCUCAUCUCAGGGUGCAUUCUGCCUCCCCGGGGGUCACGUUGACUUUAUCGAAAAAGUAGAAUCGUUCUCUUACUCGGAUUUUUUCCGGGAUUAUUUGAUUCCCAACCAUCCCUGUAUUUUCUCAGCUAAAUUCACCGAAGACUGGGGCAGCAGGAGAAAUUGGGUUACUUGGGAUGGAAAGCCCAACUUUGAUCAUCUGCUGCAGAAGUUUGGAGAGGCCGUAGUACCUGUUGCCAACUGUGAUGUCAAGGAGUACAAUUCUAACCCGAAGGAGCAGCUCCCCUUCAAGGAAUAUAUAAAAUACUGGAAAGAGUACAUUAAAAAUGGCUACCGUUCAUCCCGAGGGUGUCUUUAUCUCAAGGACUGGCACCUGAGCAGAGCUUUCCCUGAGCAAGAUGUUUACACAACCCCUGUGUAUUUCUCCUCCGACUGGCUGAACGAAUACUGGGAUGCUGUAGCUGUGGACGAUUACCGCUUUGUCUACAUGGGACCCAAAGGUUCAUGGACUCCAUUCCAUGCUGAUGUCUUCCGUUCCUAUAGCUGGUCAGCCAACAUCUGUGGGAGAAAGAAAUGGUUGUUGUACCCUGCAGGACAGGAGGAGUACCUCAAAGACCGCCACGGCAACUUGCCCUUUGACGUGACAGCACCUAAUCUUCAGGACAGGACCGUUUACCCUCGCUACAACCAAAGUCAACCGCCUGUUGAAAUCGUGCAGGAAGCAGGGGAGAUAGUCUUCAUCCCCAGCGGAUGGCACCAUCAAGUUUACAACCUGGAGGACACCAUUUCCAUCAACCACAACUGGGUGAACGGCUGCAACGUGGCUCUAAUGUGGUGCUUCCUGCAGGAUGAAUUAGCGGCCGUCCAACGGGAAAUCAACGAAUGGAAGGAUCCUAUAGACGAUUGGCACCUCCAAUGCCAGUUGAUCAUGAAGUCUUGCACGGGUAUAGACUACAAGGAGUUCUACAAUUUCCUCAAAGUUAUUGCAGAGAACAGGAUUUCUGUCUUGGAAAAAGGCCUCGAUGACGAAGCUUCGGCAAAGAACACUCCCAAAGCUGCCAUUUCCACCUUGGGCAUGCUCCACGCCGUGUUUGAUUUAAAGAGGACUGUGAAGGUGUUAACAUCAUUGAGUGCUAAUGAAGAUUUCAAGAAACUAGACCUGACGUCACUUUCUCCACCUCCGGAGGUAUUACUCCACCACUUGAAAGCAGCAAUAGAUACAGCGCUACUUUAAACUUCCUAUUUAUUCACUUCUUUGUAAACCAAACCCUUUUUUUUGCAAAAAUGGGUGUUUGUAGAAGACUUGACUCCUCCCUGUUUAAUAGCUGUUGCAUUUUAAGUACAAAGAGCCUUAAUAUAGAGUGGGGAGAGAGAGUACAUUCAUAAAAAGAUUGAAUACUUUUAAAAUUGACAGUAUUUUAUUAUCUAGAGUAAUUAAGCAGGGAAAAAAGGUGUCUCAGACAAAGGAAAAACCCAUAUUAUGUUAGUAUUAUCUUAAGAGCCCUGCUGGUGAGUAAUCAGGGAAGGGGAACAGAAAUUUUCUGUGGGUCAAGCUUAGGUCUGCGAGGGCUAAACACUGAGCUUGCACUGUAUCCCCUCUGCUUCUGACAGCAAACCUGUGCUGCAGGCUCCAGCAAGUCAAGCUCUGCUUUGUCUGGGCACACCUCAAUUUCAUUAAGGCAUGUCCUGCUUCCAGGUACAGCUCAGUCUUUCUUUUCCUUUUAUUAUUAUUU